AGAGCGUCUCAUCAAUACUGCACUGCUAUCUCGCUGCUCUCGGAGACUUCGCGCUCGCUGCACUUGCUCGCUCCUUGGAAUCUCUGUCGGGUGUGCUCACAAGAGGCGCGUACUGAUCAUUCGCUCCCUUGGAUAACACUGGUCUACGCGGCGCUGUUCCUUCCUUGCGCGAACUAUGGCCUCCCUGAUUGCCAUUCUCGACCUCAAGGGCAAGCCUCUCAUCCAGCGAUCAUACAGGGACGACGUGCCCUCCGCAUAUAUCGAGCGUUUUCUGCCCAUCGUACUGGAUUUGGAGGAGGAGGGCGCCCAGGUCACACCAUGCUUCACAAGGGAGGGCGUGAACUACCUCCACAUCAGACAUAGCAACCUCUAUCUGCUCGCGCUGAGCAAACGGAACAGCAAUGCAGCGGAGAUCAUCCUCUUCCUCCACCGGCUCGUCUCGGUGCUCAUCGAAUACUUCAAGGAGCUCGAGGAGGAGAGUAUCCGCGACAACUUCGUCAUCAUAUACGAGCUGCUCGACGAGAUGAUGGACUUUGGUUACCCGCAGACGACGGAGAGUAAGAUCUUACAAGAAUACAUCACCCAAGAAUCAUACAAACUCGAAGUCCAAGUACGCCCACCGAUCGCAGUCACAAACGCCGUCUCGUGGCGUUCGGAGGGCAUCCGGUACCGGAAGAACGAGGUCUUCCUGGACGUCAUCGAGAGUGUCAACCUGCUUGUCAACGCGACAGGAAACGUCGUGCGCUCGGAGAUUCUGGGCGCGGUCAAGAUGAAGUGUUAUCUGUCUGGGAUGCCGGAGCUCAGGCUUGGGCUCAACGACAAGGUCAUGUUCGAGACGACGGGCCGAACCGCGCGGGGAAAGGCAAUCGAGAUGGAAGACGUCAAGUUCCACCAAUGCGUGCGAUUAUCACGGUUCGAGAAUGAUCGGACAAUAUCCUUCAUCCCACCCGACGGCGAGUUCGAGCUGAUGAGUUACCGGCUAAGCACGCCAGUUAAGCCGCUUGUUUGGGUUGAGGCCGCCGUCGAGCACCAUAAGGGCUCCCGCGUAGAGUACAUGGUGAAGGUAAAGGCGCAGUUCAAGCGGCGGAGCACGGCGAACAACGUUGAGAUCUACGUGCCGGUGCCGGACGACGCAGAUACGCCGAAGUUCAGGGCAAGCACAGGCUCUGUACAGUACGCCCCUGACAAGAGCGCGUUCGUGUGGAAGAUCAAGCAACUCGGCGGCGGGCGCGAGUUCCUCAUGCGAGCACACUUCGGCCUACCGAGCGUACGUGGAGAGCACGACUCGAUGGACAAGCGCGCCCCGAUCACGGUCAAGUUCGAGAUCCCGUACUUCACCGUGUCUGGUAUACAGGUGCGCUAUCUCAAGAUCGUCGAGAAGAGCGGAUACCAGGCACUGCCGUGGGUGCGGUACAUAACGCAAAAUGGAGAUGAUUAUAGUUUACGGACAGCGCUGGAGAAGGGAAGCGCGCCCAUCGUGCCGAUGUGAGAGCCUUGUUGUCGAUGUUGUCAUUAGACAUGCUGUGUUGUGUGUAUCUCUGGAACCCACUUCCUUGGACUCGCUGGCGGGCGGGAGAUGGUCGUUACCCAAGGUGCGCAGAGCAGUGCGCCUCGAAGCUGAACCCUUCAUUCUGGGCGUUGUCGCGAGCACACUGGCUCUGCAGCCAAGUUCACCGGCUCAUACCCGUCUACAUAAAUUAUUCGCCUCUGUCCUGUCUAGCUUCGCUGCUAUGCGGACAGCAUCGAUUCCGUCAUGCACCCAAGGAAGUACUGUAAGCGGGUCCACGUCUAGCCAUUCGCGCAAUCGGGACUACAAUGGGUAUGCCAUCAGCAUCGUUGAGACCAAAAUCGGAAACUACGCGGCUGUGCAUCGGCUAGUCACUCUGUAUA